AGAGGCUUCGAUGACGCCUGGAACACGCCCCUAAUAUCUUUGACAGCUGCUCCAGGAAGGACGCUGAGGAAGUGAAUUAUUUUUUUUGUUGUUGUUAAAUAAACCGUUUCAUUUCCUAAUAAUGACACGACUAAAGCUGUGAUUAGACUGACAUUAAGAAAAACAUCAUUUUGAAUUUUGGGCGCUUCCCAAAACUCUCAUUUAUGUCUCCUUGAUUCCUCAAUUGGACCACGUUCAGCCCAAGACCCUGGGAACUGAUUGGUGUCCGCCAUCUUUAAGAGAACAAGGAACGAGGACGGAGGAGGCUUCUAGAGUGAGGAUACACAGUUUGAAUUGGAGGUCAGCCUUUUUAUGAUACGCCUGUGCAGUAAAUGAAUCGUGGUAUGAUGAAGAACCUGUAGGACAACUAUAAAAUGCUGUUUCGCUUUCACGCCUGCACCUACACCCGGAGAUGGAGACUUUAAUUCCCAUCAUUAACCGGCUGCAGGAGGUCUUUCUCACCGUCGGAGCCGAGGUCAUUCAGCUCCCUCAGAUCGUCGUAGUUGGCUCACAGAGCAGCGGGAAGAGUUCUGUGCUGGAAAGUCUGGUCGGACGAGAUUUUUUACCCCGUGGUUCAGGAAUAGUCACGCGGCGCCCUCUAGUGUUGCAGCUUGUGAACGUCCCGGCACUGGAGGAGCGCCGGAAACAGGAGAAUGAAAAUGGGACAAAAGCAAGCUCUCAGUGCAGCUUUCCAGGAAUCAAAGCUGAGGAGUGGGGAACCUUCCUUCACUGCAAACACCAGGUUUUUACGGAUUUCACCGAAAUUCGAAAUGAAAUCGAGGAGGAGACUGAACGCAUCGCUAACAACAAGGGUAUCAGCGCAGAACCCAUCCACCUGAAGAUUUACUCCCCUAACGUUCUAAACCUCACCUUAGUCGACUUGCCUGGAAUCACCAAGGUGCCAGUAGGUGACCAGCCAGAAGAUAUUGAGACUCAGGUUCAGGAGAUGAUCCUGUCCUUCAUCUCCAACCCUAACUCCCUGAUUCUGUGUGUAUCUCCGGCUAACUCAGACCUGGCCACUUCAGACGCACUAAAACUGGCCCGUGAGGUCGACCCUGAUGGUCGGAGAACUCUGCUCGUCGUGAGUAAACUCGAUCUGAUGGAUGCUGGGACGGACGCACUGGAGGUUCUGCUUGGACGCAUCAUUCCUGUCAGGCUCGGCAUCAUCGGCGUGGUCAACAGGAGCCAGCAUGACUUGAACACUCGGAAAAGCGUAGCAGAUGCGUGCCGUGACGAGCAGGCGUUCCUGCAGCGCUACUAUCCGUCUUUAGCGUCACGCUGUGGCUCACGCCACCUGGCACGCACGCUGAGCCGUCUGCUCAUGCACCACAUCCGCGACUGUCUGCCCGAGUUAAAGGCACGCGUGACGACGCUGAGUGCCCAGUUCCAGGCGCGUCUGAGCAGCUACGGGCAGCCAGUGGAAGACUACAGCGCCACCCUGCUGCAGAUCGUCACCAAGUUUGCUUCGGACUACUGCAACACCAUCGAGGGCACGGCCCGACACAUCCAGACCUCUGAGCUAUGCGGCGGCGCUCGGAUCUGUUACAUAUUCCACGAGACGUUUGGCCGAACCCUGCAGUCCAUCGACCCGCUGGGAGGACUCACCGAGCUGGACGUCCUCACGGCCAUCCGAAACGCCACGGGUCCACGGCCAGCGCUGUUUGUUUCUGAGGUGAGCUUUGAGCUGCUGGUGAAGAAGCAGAUUAAGAGACUGGAGGAGCCGAGCCUGCGUUGCGUGGAGCUCGUCCACGAGGAGCUGCAGAGGAUCAUCCAGCACUGCUCGUCCCACAGUACACAGGAACUGUUGCGCUUUCCCAAACUGCAUGAGUCAAUAGUGGAGGUGGUCACCAGUUUACUCAGGAAACGUCUUCCAAUCACCAAUGAAAUGGUCCAUAAUCUAGUGGCAAUAGAACUUGCGUACAUCAACACUAAGCACCCAGACUUCACAGAUGCUGCACAAGUGUCUGCUUCUGUCAACAGCCAACAGACUGAGUCACUAGAUGGAGGAAAGCGCUGGAAGAACGAUAAGAUGUUGUCGGAGGAAAAAGGCUCAGUGCCUGGAUUUGGAAGCCCUACCAAAGCAGUCAACCUAUUGGACACGGCCCUGCCGAUCUCUCGAAAGCUGAGUGCACGUGAGCAGCGGGACUGCGAGGUCAUCCAGCGCCUCAUCAAGUGCUACUUCCUCAUUGUGCGCAAGAACAUCCAGGACAGUGUGCCCAAAGCAGUGAUGCACUUCCUGGUGAACUUUGUGAAGGAGCGUCUGCAGAGCGAGCUUGUGGGUCAGCUGUACAAGCAGCCUCUGCUGCAGGAGCUGCUCAUUGAGUCUCAGGAAACGGCACAGCAGCGCACUGAGGUCGCCCACAUGCUGGAGGCGCUCCAGAAAGCCAACAACAUUAUCUCCGAGAUCCGAGAGACCCACCUGUGGUAGCCAGAUCUUCACGGCAGCGACACGUCGACGAGUGUGUGUGUUUACGUGUUCGUAUGUGCGUACGUCCAAUAGGUGUUUAAAUGCCUCCCAGAGCAAGCGCAUCAAACAUACAGUCGGGUCCAUAAGUAUUUGGACAGCGACCCGAUUUUCGUCAUUUUUGCGUCCGUACGCCACCGCAGUGGAUUUGAAAUCAAGAUGUGAUUGAAGUGUAGAGUUUCAGAUUGAAUUCGAGAGGUUUAACAACAACAACAACAACAACAACAACAAAAAAAUGUUAGGAAUUCCAGAUAUUUACAGCCAGGAAUUACAGUCCCUCUAUUUUCACAGGCUCAAAAGUAAUUGGACAAACCGACAUUCAGAACUAUUCGGAUUGUUUUUCACACUUGGAUGCAAAUCGUUUGCAGUCAUUGACCGCCUAAAGUCUGGAACUCAUGGACAUGGUGGUGUACCGAGGCAAAAUAACGAAAAUUGUGUCGCUUUCCAAAUACUUAUGGACCUCACUGUAUUUGUAACCACUCGAUCUUUCAGGUACUUUCUGUUAUUGCUGUGCAAACACAGCUGUCUUUUAAAUAUGUAUUUGAGCAUGUGUGUGUGUGUGUGUGUGUGUGUGUGUGUGUGUGUGUGUGUGUGUGUGUGAAAGAGAGUGAGAGAGUCAGAGAACCGUAGGUCAGUACGACAAGCCUGCUUAUUUUCCCCUGAAUUAACAGACACUCUGAAAAUGCACUGAGCUUUAAGAGAAGCCCUUGAGCCGUAGAUGCUUUCUGACGAUCCCGAAAGAAAAUGACUCAAACUUGAAUUGUUUAUCUGCUAGAAUUUCUCAGCAAACACCAGACAGCUACAACCGCACUCAGAAGGUUUGUAGCGGACCGACCCAUAAUGACGAACACGGAUUAAGUCCGUGUUUUUUGUUUUGCUUUCGUGAGUACCGGAGCAUUUUUCCAUCUGAUAUUGAAUUCACUGCACCCGGAGCGUAAGUGUGAUUACCACAGAAUUCUGAGACGUUUUCCUGCACUGAGAAAAUAAUGGAAAAACGAAUGGCUGGAAAUAAACGUUGACUUGACUUGAGCUCAACAGGUUUAAGCCAACACGAUUUCUGUUCGUUUCUAAGCAUCGUCAUCAUUUCUAAGAAUCAUCUGCGGUAAUCACACACGCUACAGGUUAAGGUUGAAACACUGGAGUAUUUCUUUUAAUCUAAGUUGUCGGUUUAAAUCUGUAGUUAAUAUUUUUCAGUUACGGUCUUGUAGCGCGUCAAAAGUAAGGAAUAAAACACACCAGGAUGUGCUGUUAAAUGCCUGAAAUGUGUUUUAUUCCUCUCAUACCACAGCAGUUUGCUAAUGAUUACAGUUGUUAAUUUAUUAUUGAACACCGCUUCAUACUUUUUAUCCGUUUAUAGUUACCGGUAAUGUCAUGGAACGUGCACGAAACAGGUUAGUGCCUGUUAUCACCUACAGUCCCCUCCGAAAGUAUUGGAAUAACAAGGCCAAUUAUUUAUUUAUAUAUAUAUGUGUGUGUGUGUGUAUUUAUAUAUUUGCUAUGCACUGAAGAUAACAUUUGGGUUCGAGAUCAAAAGACCAAUAUGAGAUGAUGAAUCAGAAUUUCAGCUUUCAUUUCCUCAUAUUUUUUGGUGAGCAAAAGUAAUGGAACAGAUAGUCUUAAAGUUAAUUAAAGCGCUUAAUGUUUGUGGUUGCAUAUCCCUUGCUUGCAAUAACUGCAUCAAGCUCACGACCCACUGAUAUGACCAAACUGUUCCAUUUUUCAUUCGCAUUGCUUUUACAGGCUUGUACUGCAGCUUCUUUCAGUUGUUAGUUUGGUUUGGGUGGGGGUUUCUCCCUUCAAUCUCCUCUUCAGGGGGUGUAGAGUAUGCUCAACUGGGAAUACGUCAACUGCUGUUGUUUUCCUUGGAUGACCCAUUUUGUGUCUCUUGCUCAGUACAUUCCAAAUUGUUGUACUGGCUAUUCCCAAUGCUUGUGCAAUGGUUCGGAUCGAUUUUCUCUCUUUUCCAUAGCUUCAGAAUGGCUUGCUUUUCUCCCACAGACAGCUCUCUGGUCUUCAUGUUGGUUUAUCCUUUUUAACAAGAAAGGCGAGACCUAGGGCUCAAACCGAGAGUACACACUCAGAACUAUUCAUUCUUCAAACAAUCAAUUUAACAAGGCACACCUGGGCAGCAAGGGCCACCUAUCAGUCGUGUGUUCCAAUAUUUUUGAUCACCUGAAAAAUGAGUGGCUUCAAACAAAAGGUGUCAUGUUCUAAGUUGUUACAUGUCACAUCUAGAUGUAAAUAUGAUGAAAUGAAAUCUGAAAUUUUGAUCUCGCGUUCAUCUUUUGAUCUCAAACUCAAAUGUCUUCAAUGUACAGUAUAGUGAAAAUGGUAGAAUUGGCCUUGCUGUUCCAGCACUUUCGGAGGGGACUGUACAUUAUAGCAACUAUAAACGGUCUUUCCCUGACCAGCCUCUAUGUUUUUCCCUGUCUUAAAAGUUAAUAAGACUAAAGAGAAACUACAAACCACAACCUACUCCAUCUUAAAGACUUUUCCCAUGGUGGACAACUGACUUGACUGUUAUGAAGAUUUUCAUAAACUUCACCAUAUGUUCGAUUAGAUGGUUUUCUUUGGUAAAUAACGAAAUGCGUUUAUUAUUAGGCUUAGAUCAUGUGGCGCGUCUGCCACAUGAGAGGGUUAAGGGCCUUGCUCAAGGGCCCAACAGCGGGCUUGAACCCCCCAACCUUCUGAUCAGUAACCCCGAGCCUUAACCGCCAAGCCACCACUGCCCGAUCAUGUAUUAGAAGCUUAACAUCGUAUGACCAAUCAGAAUAGAGAAUCCAACAACGCCGUGGUAUGAGUAUUACUACGCCACUUUCUCUUAGAGCUCUGAACAGAGAUGUAAAAACGUUUAAUAACCAAUGGCACAUUUUAACAUUUAGCCUUCAUGCAGAAAUACGAAGCAUUAUUAUUCUGUAAGCGCAGUGUAUAUAUGAUUAUUUGGUGUCAUUAAUAUGAAUGUGCAGGAUUUUAGCAGGUUGUGUACAGCAGCUGUGUUUGUGUCCAGGUUCCUUGUUUAUUUAUGGAAUAAGAAACAGGAGAUAAGACGAACAAUGAUGUUGGGAAGUGUGUAAUAAUUGGUGCUGCAGGUUACGAUUAAGAAGUGUUCAUUUGUGUUAUAUUUAUUCUUGACGGAGUGACCAAGAAAGGAAAAGAGCCUAAUCAACAACGCAACAAAGUUUGAUGUGUUAAAUCAGUGUACACGGGCUAAAAACGGCCAGCCGAACAAAAUGCGACUGAACAAAUGGACGUGAUUAAUAGCUGACUAUUUCACACCACUUUGUUUAAAGUGAUUUGAUGUGUGGUGUUAUCAAUGGCUGAAUAUUUAACGUGAGCAUGAGUACAGGGUUGUGAGGUUGGGAGAGUUCAUACUGAAGCCAUUCUAUUGGUCUUUUGUGUAGUAAUGCCUUUGUCUAGCCGUUGAGUCACGUACAUACUGUAAGACUGAAUAUCACAAGGCUGUAAGGCUGCUUUCACCUGGUGUUUUUUUUUCUGUGUUGGUUUGUUUUUCAAAAAAAAAAAAAAAACCGACACAAGCCCUAGCUAGUAUCAGCGAUCUAACUAGCCUAGUUUGCGUAUUAGUUUUAUUAUUACCCGUAAUAAUUAGUCCCUCCAGGAUUUUGUGAUCACAUGAAUGAACGCAAAAUCAAGCACAAUAUUUUUCAAAAUGACUGCGGAUUUGGGCCAAGGCGCGUCACGUGAUGUCAUCACAACGUGCAUUCGGUCAAAGCCCUGUUCGAUUCACGUGCGUCGAACGUGAGUACAGCUAACAGAUUUCAUUUCAUUUCCAACAAACAUCACUGCAAAAAAAAAACAUUCGCGCAACUGCAAUUUUGACAAUUUUCAAUAUUCAUAGUUUUUGGAUAUCGAUGAGUGUAACUCCGGUGACGAGGAAGUUGUUUGCCUUCGUUCUAGCUCUGGAGGUUGAAAGCUGCUUGUACGACUUGACCGUGUGAAGCCACGGUACAUCGCACUCUGCUAUAAAAAUUGUUAGUUGGGACGCCGGAAUAUCGACAGUGAAACAGUUUCGAUUCAACAUGUCAUCAGUAUCCUUAUGUACGCUCACUAGCAAGACAAAUUUUUCACCAACGCUUUACUCUCCAUGUUCGUUUUUCUCGCUUGAGCCCCAACGUGCGGUCUGUUUGAGAGAAAAAAAAAGACGUUUGAAUUCACUUUUCUGAAAAAGGAAAAUGCCCUGCGCUACGUCCCAAAGAUUUCCAAGUAAAUAAACAUAAAUAUUAGUAGACGUUUGGAAAGUGAGGUUGAGAAAAAACACCAGUUAUAAAAGCAGCCUAAGGCCCUGUUCAUAUGUAUAUGGAUAUUUUUUGCAAACAUUGUUUUGUAUUUAUUUUAUUAUUAUUAUUAUUAUUAUUAUUAUUAUUAUUGCAACCAAAGCUUUUUUUUUUUAAACGCCCUCCAAGGUGGAGAAAUGCAAAAACCCCUUUUCCAUUCUUUUCAUGGAUGUUUUUGAUGAUGUUUUGAAACCGUGAUGUCAUGGUUUGGCGGUUUUGUGUUGUUUAUUGUGUGGAAUCCACUGCUCCGGUGCUACAAAUGAACGUAAAUAUUGGUGAACUCUUGGUGUUUAAGUGGAACAACAGGCUAUGUCCACAUUAAUCCGGAUAAAUUUGAAAACGCAGCUAUUCGAAAACGAUGACGUAUUUUUAGUCAUGUGACCAAGAUGGUGGACGAUGUUGUACCGCAGUUGUUGUGCCAGUGUGAUAGCUUUGGUAAAGAUUAUUACUGCUCAAAAACGCAGCUCUUAGCGUUAAUCUUGAGGCGUUUGAUGUAAUGGUGUAUCGUUUGUGUGUUAUUUAUGUGGACGGAGAUAUUUUUUUUAAAUGCCGUUCACGUGGGGGCGGGAUUAUCUUUUAUUAAAAUCGAAAAUAUCCGAAUACGUGUGGGCGGGGCCGGAUUUUAGCGCAACAGCUUAAAACUGAUGUUGCUGUGUAUCAUCUCUUAGGACUAUACGCUUUUCCAUACUGCUUGACGUUUUGUUGUCAUGAGAAUAGUCUUGUACGCGAUGGCUGUUGUAGAUUUCGCGAGUGCGCGUGUUAUUUGCGUUCGGACAUCCCGAGCGGAAGUGUGGGCAAUGCAUCUCCAGGUGCAUUCAUAUUCAUAAGGUCACGUCUUGGCACUCGCUGCACAGAUGCUGCACAGCUCCAUAUUGAAGCCACUUGCAGAAAGACACGUUGUGCGAACGCCAGCGUUGUUGAAAUGUUGAUCUACACGCUACGAAAUGAAGACUUAGGCUAGUCGAAGAGUCAGAGCUAUUCCCUGCCAUCCAGAGAGCACGCGUAUUCCGUCAUCCGCCACUCUUCCCCAAACUUCAGAGGAUAGAGUCUGUAUUUUAUCCGCACUCGGAAUGUCGAGAGACCGGAGCGACCUUGUUAAAGUGGUGGAGUGUAAUGGAUGGGAAAGAGGUGUCGAGCUGGUGAAUUUUAAUCACCUCUGGUGCAAGCUCAGCACUGACGAGCUUAUCGCUUAACACGCCGAGCUGCAUAACGACACGUCUCCACGUCCUCGCCGCAGAACGACACUCGCUCUCAGCCUCUCCUCAGCAGCUCUUCCGGGCUGUUCAUCAUUUUUCUAGAUGCGUGAUUUAUUUUAGCAACAGCCGAGAGCUGAAAUUCUUUUUUUUCUUCCCUUCCGAUGAUGCAACUUGUUGAAAUGUGUUUGCAUAGAUCUAAGGUAUGUGUGUGUGUGUGUGUGUGUGUGUGCGUGUGUGAUUUAAAAAUUUUUACGAAACAUAUCAUUGUCACAGCACAACGUGUGCGAGUUCUCGUUUGCCAUUAUGAUUUGUCAAACAUGCUUAUGUACUGCUGUCUGUUUGUAUGCCAGUAAAAUUGAAUGCAAGGGGUGUCUCUCCUCAUUCUCGCACAACA